GCGGCGGCGGCGGAACAGGCUGCGCGCUCGGCGCCGACGGGUGCGCGCCGCGGCUUGGGGGAGAGUUGAGCGCUUCCCCCCCCUUUUCUUUUUCUUUUUUUUUUUUUUUCUCCUCUUCUUCUUAAACAAACCACAAACGGAUGUGAGGGAAGGAAGGUGUUUCUCUUACUCCUGAGUCCAGACACCUCUCUCUGUUCCGUCUAAGCUUGUUUUGCUGGACACUUUUUUGAAAAAGGCAAAGAAAAGGAGUUGCUUGAUGUGAAAGUGAAAUGGACGUAAGAUUUUAUCCACCUCCAGCCCAGCCCGCCGCUGCGCCCGACGCUCCCUGUCUGGGACCUUCUCCCUGCCUGGACCCCUACUAUUGCAACAAGUUUGACGGUGAGAACAUGUAUAUGAGCAUGACAGAGCCGAGCCAGGACUAUGUGCCAGCCAGCCAGUCCUACCCUGGUCCAAGCCUGGAAAGCGAAGACUUUAACAUUCCACCCAUCACUCCUCCUUCCCUCCCCGACCACUCGCUGGUGCACCUGAAUGAGGUCGAACCUGGUUACCACUCUCUGUGUCACCCAAUGAACCAUAAUGGCCUGCUACCGUUUCAUCCACAAAACAUGGACCUACCUGAAAUCACCGUCUCCAAUAUGCUGGGCCAGGACGGAGCACUGCUUCCCAACUCCAUUUCUGUGAUGCAAGAUAUACGGAGCCCAGAAGGAAGCCAGUAUAGCUCCCAUCCUCAAAUGGCGGCCAUGAGACCAAGGGGUCAGCCUGCAGAGCUCAGGCAGCAGCCAGGCAUGAUGCAGCAUGGCCAGCUGACCACCAUCAACCAGUCACAGCUCAGUGCACAGCUUGGAUUGAACAUGGGGGGAAGCAGUGUCCCCCACAGCUCGCCGUCUCCUCCCGGAAGCAAGUCUGCAACUCCUUCACCGUCCAGCUCAGUGCAUGAGGACGAAGGCGAUGAUACCUCUAAGGUCAAUGGUGGAGAGAAGCGACCUGCCUCUGACAUGGGGAAAAAACCAAAAACCCCCAAAAAGAAGAAGAAGAAGGACCCGAAUGAGCCCCAGAAGCCUGUGUCUGCUUAUGCGUUAUUCUUUCGUGAUACUCAGGCUGCCAUCAAGGGCCAAAAUCCAAACGCUACCUUCGGUGAAGUCUCUAAAAUUGUGGCUUCCAUGUGGGAUGGUUUAGGAGAAGAGCAAAAACAGGUCUAUAAAAAGAAAACAGAGGCUGCAAAGAAGGAGUACCUGAAGCAACUAGCAGCAUACAGAGCCAGCCUGGUAUCCAAGAGCUACAGCGAACCUGCUGACGUGAAGACAUCUCAGCCUCCGCAGCUGAUCAAUUCAAAGCCGCCGUCAGUGUUCGCUGGGCCCAGCCAGGCCCACUCAGCUCUGUACCUGAGUUCUCACUAUCACCAACAACCAGGAAUGAACCCUCACCUAACCACCAUGCAUCCCAGUCUCCCCAGGAGCAUAGCCCCCAAGGCCAAUAACCAAAUGCCAGUGACUGUCUCUAUAGCAAACAUGGCCGUGUCCCCCCCUCCUCCCCUGCAGAUCAGCCCACCUCUUCACCAGCAUCUCAACAUGCAGCAGCCCCUUGGGACCCAGCUCCCCAUGCAGGUCCAGCCCGCCUUACACUCCCCCACCAUGCAGCAGGGAUUUAAUCUUCCACCCGACUAUCAGACUAUAAUCAAUCCUACGUCUACAGCUGCACAAGUGGUCACCCAGGCCAUGGAGUAUGUGCGCUCUGGGUGCAGAAAUCCUCCCGCCCAGCCCGUGGAAUGGAAUGACUACUGCAGUAGUGGGGGCAUGCAGAGGGACAAAGCACUGUACCUUACCUGAAAAUCCGAACACCUCUUCUUUCCACUGAGGCAUUCAGGGAAGUCUUUUCACCGUGGAUUGCUUUGUAUAGUCAAGGCAGUUCUCCAUUUUAUUAGAAAAAUACAAGUU